AUGUUGACUGAGAGUAAUUAUCAUCAUCGGUCUCAUCAUCAUCAUAAUAAUGGUCCGGUGAUUCAUCAACAUCGUACACAUUAUAUUCCUUAUCAACCCUCAUCAUAUAUAGCCAAGUCAACACAACAAGUUCAACAUCAACAAGUACCACAGCAACAACAACAGCAAGAAUCUGAAAUACAACAACCAAAAUUCGAUUUACAUCAUGCUGUUCGAACAAAUGAUGUUUCGGGAAUAAUUCGUUUACAUAGUCGACUUCGACAGCAACCAAUGGUAGCUGAUACAUGUUUACUUGAUUCGAAUGGUCAUACACCAUUGUAUGCAGCUAUUGCUAAUGGAAGACUUGCUAUGGUUGAUCUUCUUCUUCAUCUCGGCCAUAAUCCUUAUUGCAUCUCGGUGGCUCGUGAAUCAGCAUUAAAUGUUGCCAUAGGUUUUGGUCAUCUUGAUAUAAUAGAUUAUUUAUUAACCCGUGGUUUUCCUGUCGACUAUCCUGGUUUUGAAAAUAAAACUCCAUUAGAACGAGCUAUUGAAUGUAAUCAAGGUUCAGCUGUUGUUACUUUACUUAAACAUGGUAGUGAUUGGCGUCGUUAUGAAGAACGACGUAAAACAGGCGAUAUGUCACUUGUUGAAUGGGCACUUGCACAUGAGCAUCCUCAAGUAUUAGGUGUAUUUAUUGAUCUAUAUGGCGAUGAUGAAUCUGUAUUUAAUCAGAUCGGUAUGAUGUAA